GAAUUGGACAACUACAAUGACAGCACAGACUCCCCCCACGUGGAAAAUCACCUCUGCUCCACGGGAGAGGGGCCCAUCAUGACGACCUUCAAGGCUGUGUUCAUGCCCGUGGCCUACAGCCUCAUCUUCCUCCUGGGUUUGAUGGGUAACAUCCUGGUGCUGGUGAUCCUGGAGCGGCACCGGCAGACGCGCAGCUCCACCGAGACCUUCCUGUUCCACCUGGCCGUAGCUGAUCUCCUGCUGGUCUUCAUCUUGCCCUUUGCUGUGGCCGAGGGCUCGGUGGGAUGGGUUCUGGGGACCUUCCUCUGCAAAACUGUGUUUGCUCUGCACAAGAUCAACUUCUACUGCAGCAGCCUGCUCCUGGCCUGCAUUGCUGUGGACCGCUACCUGGCCAUUGUCCAUGCCGUCCACGCCUACCGCCACCGCCGCCUCAUCUCCAUCCACAUCACCUGCGCAACCAUCUGGCUGUCGGGCUUCAUCUUUGCCUUACCAGAGAUUCUCUUCGCCAAGGUCAGCCAGCCCCAUCAAAAUGAUUCCCUGCAGCACUGCACGUUCUCCCAAGAAAGCCAAGCGGAAACCUAUGCCUGGUUCAUCUCCCGCUUCCUCUACCACCUCGGGGGUUUCCUGCUACCCAUGCUGGUCAUGUGCUGGUGCUACGUGGGGGUGGUGCACAGGCUGCGUCAGGCCCAGCGGCGUCCACAGCGGCAGAAGGCGGUCAGGGUGGCCAUCCUGGUGACGAGCAUCUUCUUUCUCUGCUGGUCACCCUACCACAUUGUCAUCUUCCUGGACACCCUGGCAAGGCUGAAGGCCGUGGGCAACAGCUGCGAGCUGAACAGCUCUCUCCCCAUGGCCAUCACCACUUGUGAGUUCCUGGGCCUGGCCCACUGCUGCCUCAACCCCAUGCUCUACACAUUCGCGGGUGUGAAGUUCCGCAGUGACCUGUCUCGGCUCCUGACCAAGCUGGGCUGUGCCGGCCCUGCCUCCCUUUGCCAGCUGUUCCCCAGUUGGCGCAGGAGCAGUCUCUCCGAGUCGGAGAAUGCCACUUCCCUCACCACCUUUUAG